AUGCUGCUGGGAACCAGGGAGAAGAUAUGGCUGCUUGUUGCUGUGACAUAUUGGUUUCAGGGAGUUACUUUUUCAGAAGAACUGAGAAGAAUGAAGAGAACUCUGGAUCCUGAAGCCUUUAUGAGUAUUAAAGAGCUCAUUACUUACAAAGGGUACCCCAGCGAGGAGUAUGAAGUGAUGACAGAAGAUGGUUAUAUCCUUACCAUUAACAGAAUCCCUUAUGGCACUCAGAAUCAAGGAAGCCCAGCUUCAAGACCUGCUGUGUUUCUCCAGCAUGGAUUAUUGGGAGAUGCUAGUAACUGGGUCACAAACCAGCCCAACAACAGCUUGGGCUUCCUACUAGCUGAUGCUGGAUUUGAUGUUUGGAUGGGAAAUAGUAGAGGGAAUCGCUGGUCAAGAAAACAUGAAAAGUAUUCCAUUGAUCAAGAUGAAUUCUGGGCUUUCAGUUUUGAUGAGAUGGCAAAGUUUGAUCUUCCAGCGGCAAUAAAUUUCAUUUUGGAGAAAACAGGACAGGAAAAGCUGUACUAUAUUGGCUAUUCACAAGGUACUACCAUUGCUUUCAUUGCAUUUUCAACAAUGCCAGAGCUGGCUCAAAAAAUCAAACUCUACUUUGCAUUGGCACCUGUCACUGCUAUCAAGUAUGCUAAAAGCCCAGCAACAAAACUCCUCUACCUUCCUGAAAAAAUGCUCAGGCGUAUGCUUGGCAACAGAGAAUUCCUUCCCCAGACUGAGUGUCUAACGAGGAUAAUAGCCCCUGUCUGCAGCCACCGAGCUUUUGCCAGGCUUUGUAGAAGUGUCUUCUUCAAUCUGGGUGGCUGUAACCUGAAAAACAUUGAUGUGAACCGAAUCAACGUGUACAUUGCCCAAACCUCUGCUGGAACUUCUGUGCAGAACAUAGUCCACUGGAGUCAGGAGGCCCGCUCGGGGAAGUUCCAAGCUUAUGACUGGGGCAGUUCAAAGAAGAACAUGGAAAAAUACCAACAGACUACUCCUCCUCUCUACAACAUAGAAGAGAUGACUGUACCAACUGCAGUAUGGACUGGGGGACAAGAUCAGCUCGCAGAUCCCAAGGAUGCAGCCAUUUUAUUGUCUAAAAUUAAGAAGCUUAGCUAUCACAAGAAGAUUCCUGAAUGGGCACACCUGGAUUUCAUCUGGGGAUUGGAUGCACCUUUGCGUGUGUACAAUGAAAUUAUUGACCUGAUGCAGAAGUAUCCUUAA